CGAGUGUAUUGCUGGAUGUAGCUAGCGCUUGUGCUUAUGGGGUUCUUCUACAGACAUUAACUUCUACUGAACGACAUAACUACACCAUCUCAUCAACUGGUAUAUCAUAAGACUCUUUUGUAACCUAAUAAGAACACGUCGAAACCCAUCAAGCAUACAUCACGAGAUUGAUCUCUGUUAUUCACAAUAUUUUCGAUAUUCAUAUAGUAGUUAGAUACGAUAUACCUUUAAUCCUACUGCACCAUGUUAAAGGCCGGUUCGGAACUACCCGAGGCACCGGUGUACACCGCAGCCGAGAGCAGAGAACAUCUGCAAGACAUAUGCAAGGAAUCUGGUUUGGAGUCGUUUCUCGAAUCAAGUUUUGAUGCGGACGCGUACACAGCUACGGUUAUAACCACACGUGCUGUCGAGGAGACGCUGUCGAAACUUGUGCAGGGCAUAAAGAGUUUGGAUGCGGAACUACACAGUCAGGUGG